UACUCAUUCGAAAUGUUUCGCAAUAAUUUUCAUAAAUCCCUGUACUUCUUGUUUCUAUUGUCUAUCUUGGACAUUGCAUGGGGAAUCGCAACGAACUGCAGUGAAUAUAAACAAAAGGCUAAACCUGGUGAUGAAAUAUGCGGAAGUGAUGGGAAGACUUAUCGCAGUAUAGAAUUCUUCGAUUGUAUAAGAAAAAAAGGGGAUAAGCAACUUCGAGUUAUCUCUGUCGGAAAAUGCAGUUCGAAUGAAUGCCAGAAGGAUUUAAUUUACAAUCCCGUGUGUGGAAGUGACAAUAAGUCAUGGGGAAAUGAGAACGCUCUGAUGUGUCAUAAUAAAAACAUGAAUGAUAAGAUAUCAAUAAAAUCGUAUGGGGAAUGUCAAGAUGCUCAUAACCCCUGUGAACAAAGAAAUUUUGAAACUUUUGGAUUGAAUCCCGUUUGUGCCAGUAAUGGAUUUACUUAUCAGAAUAUUGCUGAGGUACAAUGCUUGAGAAAUGAGCAGAAUAUAGAUUUACAGAUUCUGCAUAGUGGCGGUUGUAAAAAGGGUGAAGUCGCCGAAUUAUAUCCCGAUAAGAACCAGACAUGCUGCCUUGCUGCAAACAGAUAUGAAUGGAAUCCAGUUUGUGGAGCGGAUAAAGUCACAACUUCAAAUCCAUUCGUCCAUCUAUGCCGGAAACCUAAUGUUAAAGUCAAGGUAAAUGCUCAGUGUUAUACCCCAGUUGAACGCGCCUGCAUGAAAUCACACGAACAACGGAAAAAAGCACUCGAAGCUCCAGUUUGUGGAAAUGACGGGAAAACAUACCCAUUCUUGAGUACUCUCCAGUGUAAGACUCUCCAGUGUAAAUAUCUAGCUUUCGUGCACACAGGUAAGUGCAUACCCGGGAUUGACGAUCCCUGCGAGAAAGUAGAAACAGAAGCAGACCGAACAUUUCCGGUUUGCGGCACCGACGGAGUAACAUACAUCGGAUAUGAAGCCCUAUUCUGCGAACAAUAUCAAAAAAAGAAACAAGUUGCAUAUUUACAUGAUGGCCCGUGCCUUGACUUCAAAAGAAAGCAUUAAAUACCUGGAAAUAUUAUGAAUACCGAACGAGAAAAAAAUGGAAGUGUAAUGAAAUAAUUGAUAAUUUUUUAAAUAAAAUUGGGAAUCAAA